AUGGAGCCAGAUUCGCUGCACCGGCAGCUCUCGGUCACCAUCGCUCACAUCGUGCAGCGGCUCCGCGGCUCUAAGCUGCACUCGGAGUUGGAGCGGGAAGCUAGGACCUGCCUUCAUAAAUCAGAGGUUCGGAUUGAAUCUUUGAAGGAGGACCUGAAGGACUUCUUGCGAAAAUCAGGUUGGGAAAAGAAGUUGCAGAAUGCUGUCUACCGUGAGCUCAAUGUCCUUCCCCAACCUGGUCAUCCAGCUGCCCCACCUGAGCACACCAAGGAGGGAUUGAUGUACAUGAGACGUGCACAGGUGAACUGGGAAAAGCGUGUUCUGAAAAGUUUAAAUAGUAUGUGUGCAGAGCUGGCUAUCCCUUUAGCAAAAAAGCGGUCAGCAGAUGAGCAGAAGGAGCUUUUGAACAAAUGGAAUGAAAUGGGGACCGAUGAACCAGAUUUGAGCCACUUUCGACCCGUCUAUGCCCCUAAAGAUUUUCUAGAGGUACUAAUUAAUCUUCGCAAUCCAAAUUAUGAUGGUAGUGAUCCAACUGGUCUGCGUGGCAGCUGGGGUUUAAUCAGCAUUCCUUUGCCAGUAAAAGACCUUUCUGAGCUGAGAGAUCUGUUUACUGAACUCGGUUUAAACUAUGAACAACUUGGUGUUGAUGACUCGAUGCAGAUCCCGAAUGAGCUGUUUGAAAGCGAGUAUAUACGUCUUGGACAAAGAGUUUUGUCUGAACAAGAUAGUGCUGCAGCUCAGCAGUACAUUCGACAGGGUUGCCCCACAGGACUGCGUGCGGAUAUGUGGGCUCUUAUUCUGAAUAUUGACAAUCAACUGGAGGAUUCUUUAUAUUAUGAACAGCUGAAAUCGAAUGUGAUUCAACAUGAUCUUUUAGUUGACAACCUCAUCUACAAGGAUGUGAAGCUAACAGCUAGCAAUGAUGACUACUACUUUGUUUUUGAAGAUUAUUUGUAUCAGGUGCUAUUGUGCUUUUCUCGAGACACAUUAGUUCUUGAUCAUUUCAGUUACAGCAGUGCUUCUCCCCCCAAGUCAUAUAUCAGAGGGAAGCUUGCAUUAGAAGAUUAUACCGUUGUGUAUCCUCCAAAUGGGGUAAUUCCAUUUCAUGGAUUUGCAAUGUACGUUGCUCCACUCUGUUUCCUCUACCAUGAACCGUCCAAACUAUACCAAGUUUUCAGAGAGAUGUAUGUGCGAUAUUUCUUCAGGCUUCAUUGCAUAUCAUCCCAUUCCUCGGGAAUUGUGUCACUUUGCCUCGUGUUUGAGACACUCGUUCAGACCUACCUCCCUCAACUCUUUUACCAUCUGCGUGAAAUUGGAGCACAACCACUUCGAAUAUCGUUUAAAUGGAUGGUACGGGCAUUCUCUGGGUACCUAGCAACCGAUCAGCUCUUGUUUCUUUGGGAUCGGAUUCUGGGAUACAACUCACUAGAGAUUCUUGCUGUGUUGGCAGCUGCUGUAUUUGCUUUCAGAGCAGAAAACUUAAUGGAGGCAACAUCACUUGCUACAGCUGAAGCUGUACUGGCUGAUCUUUCCACGCUGAAGGUCAUGCCUCUUCUACAGCUUUUCCUGUUUGCAACUUCUAGUUGAACUAUACAUUGCCUGCAGAGAUCAGAAGUCAAUAUAUAAUCAUCUUACCAAUCCUUCACCGUAACAUAACAGUAUGAUGAUGAGCCAUUUAGUGCCUACAUAGAAAGUGAAAGAAAAUGUAUGCAUGUGGAUCAUGGACUGCCUUCUAUUUAUAUUGAAAAGUGAAAAUUAAUGAUGAUAAGAAUCACAUUUGAUGACCAGUGUAUAGUUUGACACAGCAACAGACAUACCUGGUGUAUAAUUGAGAAUAACAUAAUUGCUUGUAAAAAAAAAUAAAUUAAUUCAAUUAAAAUUACUUUUCCAGUUUCUUUUUAAAUAUAUAUAUAUUGAAUGUUAGUUUAGAACAGAAAGCAUUUUACAUCAGUUGGCCAGUGUUUAUACUGGUAGAGUCCUGAAUAUUUGCUGUGCUGUUAUCAUAUAUUCUUGCUAUUUCAUAAUGGGUUAGCUCCUUCUAUAAUUGACCAUUCUAUGUUGCUAAACAAAUAAUGUCUUAAAAUGUAAUUUAUAUUUAUUCUUUUAUGUGAGUAAAACCCAAUAUGGGAAUAAUUUAAUGUUUUAAAAGAGUUGGCAUGUACUACAAAUGUGGCUUGACUAAAGCAGUUUUAAUUAAAAGAAAAGAGCUGCAA